CACUUGUUGUUACGCUGCACGACUUGCAUACAAAGUAACAGUGUUUGUAUGCGUUGUCCUUCCACGCCACACACACACCUUCCAAUAAAUCCCUCGUUUCUCUUGUAUCUUCCGUGUUCCGCAAGUCCCUUAUUUGGGGGGCGGUCUUGGGUUGGCAUCUUACUGCAUUAGCGAUUAUCGUAUUUGCAGCCGGUUGGUAGACGUGGAUUAUUUAAAGAGGAAAUAAGGACGUCUGGAGCGUUAACUACUUGAGAUUGCUUUGCUGUUUUGUGUAAAAAGAAAAGAAAAGGGGAAUAGUGUUAUAGAACGACAACUUCGCACUCUCUGUUACAAGAGUUUCUCUUCACACCAACAAGGCUGAAUCGAUCUUUUUGAAAGUCACGGCUACCCGUUCCCCUUCCCCCACCCACGCCAUGCCGAGCCUCGAAGCAGACGACUCGGUCUUCACGCACACCAAUGACAAACUAGCCUUUGCAAAGCCCCCCCGAAUCCUCAUCAUCGGGGCUGGAAGCCGCGGCGCCGCCUACGCCGACGCAACGUCCUUGUGCUCGAACGCCGUCAUCGCCGCAGUAUGCGAGCCCAACGACUUCAAGCGCGCAGAGUUUGGGCGCAGGUACAUGUGGGGACCUGAUGGCGAGGCUACUCCCGAGCAAAGUUUCAGCGACUGGAGGGAGUGGAAAGAGUAUGAGAUGCAACGACGACAGCGGGAAAAGAAUGGCGAGGAAGGCGUCGUGAAUAAAGGCAUCGACGCCGUGUUUGUUUGCGUCCUAGAUGAGUUGCAUGAGGAGGUUGUGUGCGGGAUUGCAGAUAUGGGGCUGCAUAUUUGCUGUGAGAAGCCCAUGAGCACGAGUUUGGAGAGCUGUGUGAAGAUGUAUCAGGCGCUGGAUAAGGGCGCGAGGGAGGGGAAAGAAACAAUUUUUGGGAUUUGCCAUGUGUUGAGGUAUUCGCAGCAUAAUAUGUUGCUGAGGCAUUUGCUGCUGGAUGAGGAGGUUAUUGGGGAUGUUAUGAGUAUUGAGCAUGUUGAGCCGAUUGGGUGGUGGCAUUUUAGUCACAGCUAUGUGAGGGGCAACUGGAGGAAAGAGUCCAAGACUGCGCCUUCCUUACUCACAAAGUCAUGUCACGACAUUGACUUUUUGAUGUGGAUGUUGUGUUCACCUGGUGCGACUGCAAAAGACGCGGUGCCCCACCUUCCUUCCUACGUCACCUCGACUGGAUCACUCAAAUUCUUCCGCAAAGACCGGAAGCCAAAGGCUGCUGGAUCAGCGACCAAUUGUCUAUCCUGUGCGCACGAGCCAAACUGUGACUGGAGUGCAAAGAAAAUUUAUCUUGAGGGGCAUUUGAACAAUGGCAACGCAGAUUGGCCGGUCAAAGUUGUCAACCCGGAAAUUGAAGACAUGUUCAAGACGGCUGGGAAAGAGGUUGCUGGCAAAGCACUGCUCAACAGCCUAGCCGAAGACUAUACCGCUGAUACUCCGGCCAGCAAAGUGGACGAACGAUCGUGGUUUGGUCGGUGUGUGUGGGAGUCGAGCAAUGACGUAUGUGACGACCAGUGCGUGACGAUCACAUGGGACGAUGAUCCGAUAGCAAAGGAUGAUGAGGGUCUGCCUAUACUGCGUGGCCGCGGUGCAAAGACGGCACAAUUCCACAUGGUGGCUUUCACAGAGAAGCAGUGCGAGCGACGUGGCCGCAUAUACGGCACAGAGGGCGAGAUUGAAUAUGACAGCAGAGAGAUCAAGGUGUACAAGUUCGGUACUGGACAGACAAAGGUCCACAACCCAUAUGUGGCAGGUGGUGGUCACGGGGGCGGCGACGAAGGACUUGCGCGGCAGUUUUUGCUGGCAGUUGACGCUGUGGAUUCAGGCGCCAUGGCCGCGGCAGACGCUCAGCGUAGAUACCUCGGGUGCGACUUGAAUGAGGCUUUCCGUAGCCAUGCCAUGGUUUUUGCGGCUGAAGAGGCCCGAACGAAGCGCCAGGUGGUGGAGUGGAAGAGGUGGUGGGCUGACCGGGUGGGGUCGCACUUGGACCAGCGGUAACGUGGGUGGCAUGGGGGCAUGGGGGCAUGGGUUGUUGCAUGGAAUCAUGACAAUUGAUGCCAACGCUGGUCAGCAUGGCGGGCGCGUAGAAGGGCGAAGGGCAUGACAUGGCAUGAGGCUCUUGCAAAGCUUGGGUUCACGGGGUUCAUGUCAUGGGAAGACGAAAUGAAGGCUGUGCAGUCUCGCGCCAAUCCGCUGCCAGCGCUCCAUGAAGCAGUCCUGACCCCAGAGACGUUUGACAGGUAGAGCUCCGCUUUCAGGAAAUUAAUGGCCUUUUUGACCGUAGUGAUCCGACUCGCUCAGGCUAUAUUUGGG